AUGAUCCUCACACCACUCUCUCCUCAAGACGACGGCUUGUUACAGGAACUAGUCCGCGCGCUUCAACGCCCCCAAUCUCACUUUCCGGAGCUCACUAAAGAUACACGUUGCGACUCAAUCACUAUUCUCGGACCCAAGCCCGCAUGCUACGGCGAAGAACUUAAUAUGCCGCUAAUCCAAAGACCCGCAGGUGAUACGAGAGCAGUGCAGUAUAGAGGGGCGGCAUACCUCCCCCGCAAGUACGCUGGGGUACUCGUGGCGAGGGAGGCUGAUCUCGCUCGCCUUUCUGCGGGAGGACUCCUCAACGAUGUUGUAGUGAAUCUGGUCUUGAGGAUGUGGUGGAGCGAUCUGGGCGCCAAGAAGGCAGCGCGAUUGCACAUAUUCUCUUCUCAUUUCCUACCUCGGUUUCGCAAAGCAGGGUUCAGUGCGAUCGCCAAUUGGUUCCCGCAGAAUUUAUUUGACAAGCCGUACCUCAUUUUCCCUGUUCACGAAGGCGGACACUGGUAUCUGGCCGUCGCAUGCAUAUAUCCUUUUGUCAAGAUCUUCACGAUGGACAGCUUUUCCCGCGAUGGUGCAGCUGUUCCCCAUCAAGAGACCGCCAUCCGCAUCCUGAAUUUCCUUCGGCUAGCUUGGGACGCCUCGGUCAAUGGCAAGUAUGCACAAAGCGUCGAGCUUUUGAACAAGCGGGGCAACACGUCGGUGUCGUAUCAAGCAGUCAAGGUUCCACUUCAACCUAACGAUACAGAUUGCGGUAUCUACCUCCUCCAUUUUGCGAGGAUAUUUGCGGAGGAUCCCGAGAUAUGCUUAAGAGAAUGUAUGCACUCUACGACAACUUAUGCGCCAUUAUGGGAACGAAGAAAUGUUGUGGACUUGAGAGUUGAGCUGGCUACGCGCAUCAGCGAGCUGCGGGAGAGCUUGUAG